CUUGCUCUGCCUUGUUUCCCUUUUGCUCUCAGAGCUCAGGCGUUGUGGUGAGGAGCAGAACCGAGGCGAGGUCACCAGCUACUCUCAGAAAAAGAGGACAGGAGCGUUUAUCUGAUUUUUAAGCGACAGACAUUUCGGUGCCGCGCGUGCGUUGAGCUUCAGUAAAAUGGAUACUCAGUCCUCCCAGAUAUCGUCGUCGCAAGGUCUCCCCGAUGGACAGAAUUCUGCUGCCAAAGAAUCCAAAGUGUCCGUCCACGACCUGAUUCACUGGCGGGACCCCAAGAAGUCUGGCGUGGUGUUCGGCCUGUCGCUGCUGCUGCUGCUGUCGCUGGCGGCCUUCAGCGUCAUCAGCGUGAUCUCCUACCUGCUGCUGGCUCUGCUCUGCGUCACCAUCACCUUCCGCAUCUACAAAUCCGUCAUCCAGGCCGUGCAGAAGUCCAGCGACGGACACCCGUUCAAAGCGCUGAUCGAGAAGGAUGUCAGCAUCCCUCCGGAGACGUUCCGCAAGCACGUGGACACCAGCCUGACCCACAUCAACCGAGCCCUGAAGCAGAUGAGCCACCUGUUUCUGGUUGAGGACCUUGUGGACUCUCUAAAGCUGGCUGUGGUCAUGUGGCUGAUGACUUAUGUGGGAGCCGUUUUCAACGGGAUCACCAUCCUCAUCCUCGCGGAUAUCCUGCUGUUCGCUGUACCCCCCAUCUACGAGAAGAACAAGACCCAGAUUGAUCAGUACAUCGACCUCAUCCGCACUCAGGUCAACAACACGAUCGCAAAAUUGCAAGAGAAACUUCCGGGAGCCAUGAAGCGCAGCAAAACUGAAUGAUCCGCCAUCAGAAAGCCUCCAUGUCUCCAUCCUCCUCAUCUCCAUCGCCGUCUGAGAGAAAAACACCCUUUUAUCUCCCCCCUCCCUCAUCACUGAACCGUGCUAGCUAGAUCUCAGAGCUACUCGAUGUUUAAUGUCAAACUACUGCGCAGCUUCACUUGCAUUAAAAAAUAAUAAAAAAACGGAGCCGUGCCUGGAGAGCUUCUGAUCAGGUCAUGUGACGCUGCGGCGGCGGCUCCGGUGAACUAGACUGAAUCUAUGAGCUGGUUUGAUCCCGAGCAGCGCCGCCUACCCCCCCCCCAUGCACUGAUCCCCGUUUCCUUUUAGCCAGCUGCGAUAAUUCGCUCUAGUUCACCGCGUUUUGUUCUGUUCUGGAAACUUCUGUUCUUGUAAAUAAAAGCUGAACGACGACACAGGCGACCAUCGGCCCUAGCUUUUUAUACUGAAGGAAGCCCCUCCCCCCUCGGUGUCCAGCUCUUGUAUAUUUUGAUUCUAAUGAUACUUAGACCUGCUCUGUGAACGAGCGGCUGCUUGGACUCCAUAACGGCUUUCUAAGACUUCCGUUAGCUGUUACUGAUCUUAAUUAGCUCGUUAAGACCUCACCCUUUAGGAAUAAGCCGCACGCCCACGUGUUUAGAGGAGUCCUCAAUAUUAAGCCCCGCCCCCUUCCAUGGUUUUCUCAGAUUGCUGUUGUGUUGAGUGUAAAAUGUGAUCGGUUUGGAUUUUUUUUUUUUUGUUUUGCCAAAUAAAAGCUGUUCGUUUUAAUUUAAGAUAAAGGCUGUGAUCUGG